AUGGAACAGGCUGGAUCACCUGAGCAGAAAGUCACUCAAGGAGUAAGAGGGAAGGUGGCUGCCAAUGCAAAGCUGGAUUUAGACCAUGAGGAAUCUGUGACGUCCGUAACCUACACAUUCGGGUUUAACCUGGACCAUGAGGAGCCAAGGAAUGUUCUACGGACGCCCCGGCUGUGCGACCUCCGAGGAUCAAUGCUGUGUCCCUCGGAACAAUCCAACUCCCUUCAGCUCGCUCCGGUCUCUGCCGCUGUCUCCAUACCCCUGGCUCGGCUCAUGGACUUGUGGAAACCAUGGACAGCCAGCGAGCUGGAUUUUCCUUACCUUCGAUCGCCUGCCCCCCAGCUGCUUCUCGCGGCCGCAUUGGGGGGCUGCAGCGGCGCUGGACUCGCGGGGGGCCCCGCCGCCGGCUCGCGCCGUCUCCCAGCCGAGCUGCACGGACCGCGGCCGGAACACCCGGCUCCAGCGCCCGGCGCCUGCCCGGGGUCGGCGGCUCGGCUCCCACCCGGGCCCGGAGUCCCGCUGGGUCCUAGCGCUCGCCGCCCGGGCCGCGGCCCGCUCUGCAGCCUGCACGUACUGCGGGGCGGCGGGGGAGGGGGGGAGUCCCGGGAAAGCACGAGCGGGAAAGCCGUGCAGCCUUGGGUGCGGAGAAAGCGGAGCUCAGUGCCAAAGCCUGGGUGUGCAAAGAAAGGCGCUGGCUCCCGCCGAAUUCCCAGAAGGCAGAUGCUAGAAUCUGCAGCCCGGGCGGAAUGCACAAGCGUGGCCGAGAGGUUUGCUCCGUGCACCUGUGGUAUAGAGUGCGCUUGCAGAAGUGCGUUCCUUAUUUCACAGGAAAUGGACAGUUUGCUAGCCAUGCCGCUCCAAGCUUUCCCCUUUAUCAAGACGCAACUAGGAAGUGCCGUCGUGUCCAAUAGUGCUAUAGAAGACACUGCUUGCCGCUCCUGAGUACAGGGUCUGCAACCUUCACAGCGACAUGCCAACGCAAAUGAAGACCUUCACAGGAAACCACCACCAGACAUAACGCAGAGAUCAACAGAUCGUGGGCCGCUCAUCCCAAUGGACGCCAUUACAUACCCUUCUGCACGGAUACAGCCCCAGCACCCUUGGCUCAGAGAACACCUCUGGAGACUGGGUGGAAUGAUUGUCAGAGCCAAAGAGCAAAGAGUCUGCUGUGAAGUCUCUCCUAGCAAUGGCUGCGUAAACAAGAUCAGAAAAAACGGCAGUAUCGACGAUUAUGUUCAUGGGAAAUGGGAAACUUUCACAGGGUCCCAGCCCUAGACAAAGAACUACAGGUAACUGCUGGCUUCUGAGGGAGGGAGAAUCAGCCUCUCCAUGGAUGAGCGCUGUUAUUUGGUUGUCCAGUGCAGAGUUGUCAGCCUUGACACCAUAUACACAGGAACAACGAAAACAGACACAGAACAGUCUAUUUAUAUACGUUUGUGCAUAUAUGCAUAUAUAAACAUAUAUGCAUGUAACGUGUAUCAAAGUAAAAGAGACUAUCAGCUCGGGGUUACUUCAUUGCUCCAUCACAACUGUAAUUUUGCCACCGCUGUAAGUGGUAAUGUUAAUAACUCCUUUGCAGAGGAUCUGAUAUACCAUCCCAAGGGUGUCGAGACCCACAGGUUGAGAGCCGCUGACUUAUCAUAAGUCAGAACAAGGAGUCCUGAUCUAUUCCAAGAGUGGUCCGAAGCCGUUAGAAAGGUUUUGGGGCAGGAAAGGCACGGGUCUGGAUGAUGUUUCUAAAAUAGCACACUGUUGUUGCAUGGAAGACAGUUUGCAGAGGGCGAGAUUAGAAGCCGAGAGACUGGGUAGCUGUUAAACGUGGUCUAGGAGAGCAUUGUGAGGGUGCGGCUGAGGGUGAUGGUUGUGAGAUGGGCGGGGCACGGCAAGACCAAAGAUAGCUUUGUUGGUACAACUAGUAAGGCUUACCACUAGCUGGUUGGCACUGAGGAAUGGGAGGAAAAUCUAAUAACUCUUAGAUGUCUACCUUAAGCUUGUGGGUGGAUGGUGAAGCCAUCCCAGUAAGGUGGAAAAACUAAGCGUAAGCUAAUUUUGGGUCAGUGGGAUAGACUAGGAACCCUGUUUCAGACAUGCCAGGUUAGAGAUGUUCAUUCCAUAUCCAAGUGGAGGGACGUAUCUUGCUAUUCCUGGAGAAACUCUGGGUGGCUAUAGAAGCAAUUCCAGAAACGGUAUUCCAGAAGUUAGUCUGCCUGUAUCUUUUCUUAAAAAAAAAAAAAAAAAUCUGUAUCCGGCCCUUCCCCAAGUGCCCAAAUGCACUAAGCAGUUACUCUAGAGUGGACAGGCAUAGCACUUAACUCCAGUGAGCUUCAGCUCUCAACCAGUAAAUGAAGUAGCUGAGUCGGAAGAUGGCGUCGAUCUCUGAAUUCAAGGGUAGCCUGGUCUACAGAGUAGACUUUCAGAACACCAGGGCUACACAAAGAAACCUUGUCUCAAAAACAAACAAACAAACAAAAACAAAACCACAACCAGAAUAAAGCAGGUGAUCAUUUGAGAAUCUUUAAUCUUCAAAGCCAUAAUUCUCAUAAUUGUCAAAAUCAAUAAAUUGUAAGAAGAAAAUAAGGCCUAAGCUCCUAUAAGAUGACCUCUUUUUUUUCUAUGCUUGCAGACUAGUGGCUACCCACAUAGAACUCAACACUUGGAUUUUGGGCCCCAUCCCUUUUUGCCCCCCAAAAAACUACCUUGUCUUUGGUAUUUUGUUGAAUAUUUAAAUCAGUCAACAGGAAACCGUUUUUAGCAAUGAGGUCAUUUCCUUCUGUUUCUACGAUAUGCAGAUUUGUCUUUCCAGUAUGACAUCAGCUGAAUUCACCAGUGCUAACAUAAGUGAUUUUACCCCCAGUAUAUCAUUUAAAGAUAGCAAAGGACUAACCUGAUGUGAAGACCUGGUCUAGUCUUACACCAGGGACAGAAAGAUCAUUGUGGCAAAUCAUCUCUUUUAGUGGGGGAACGUUUUUAUGUUGGUUUAGAGUUUCCAUGGGGACUGAGGCCACACAUGGAAUGUCAGUAGGUGAAUGGCCCUCACUCAGGGUCAGGGACUCCUCCCCAUAUCUUCUUAGUUCAGGCAAUCCUCUGCCCUUGGGAUGAGCAACUCAACGUCUGCCCUCUAUUGUCAAUGAAUGUUGACCCAGCUUAAUAACCACAAAAUCUGGCACGUGAUACAGUGGGGAGCCUCUGCCCUCUCAGAUUUUGUUGUAAAGCAGGGAGCAGAGCAGUUGUUUCACUAGUCCGUCUCAGGCGAUGGUUGACACACGCAAAGCCUGUUGUGUAGUGGGCAUAUCAUCUUUGCCAGACUGAGUGCAAGCACAGAGAGGGAAGGAUCACAUUCAUAGUCACCUUAACUCUUGCCCUGGCUGACUAGUCCUUCUCCACCCACAGGUAGGUUCCAUGCCCUACCCUUCUCUGUCUGUAUCCUCCAGCUACACUCCUCUAACCCCACCUUCUUCUUCAUCCAUCCAUCCAUCCAUCCAUCCACCCAUCCAUCCAUCCGUCCGUCCAUCCAUCCAUCUCAGACUCCCAGUUAUCACUUCAGACUUGAUGCUUGAGACUGUUGGGGAUUCUGGAUCCCAACCAGGGAUAUAAUAAACAUCAACUCUUUGACGCUUUUCUCCAUUUUAUACAGAAAGAAAUUAGUCUUUCCUUUAAAGAGGUUGGGACCUACAGGAAGUGGAAUAAACCGAAAAGCAAAACAGUCUUUUGUGUUCAGUGCCUCUUUCUGUUUCACCCUCUCUGGGUCAUGGUCCAGGUGCCUUCUGAGUUUUCAGCCCUACCUCUUCACUGACCGUGAAAUAAUGCUGACAGCUCAAUGCUGUCCCGGAAUCAUGACUUCCAGGAUAACUGAGAGACCUGCAGGAUGUGGGAGUUGUGGGUCAAACACAAACGACCCCCCACUUGCAAUAAUUUCCUGAUUCGAAUAUCUGGGUUUUGUUGUUGCCCUAAGAAAGUGUUUCCUUUGCUCGCAUCCAUCCCUAGGUGCCUCUUGAUCCCCUUCAAAAAGUUGUCUCUAAUCAUCUUUGAGCUAAGGAAGCAGUUUGUCACGUUCACCAGGAUCUUGUGUAAAACGGGAGGUGUUUGUUGACUGACAGUAAGAAGAUGGAAACGAACUCUGAGAGCUCUGCGAAUGAGCCCUGUGGUGUUUAUUUCAGAGCCCUUUUUCCUGAGCCGUGUUCUCCGUGGCUGAGACUAUUGGAAAAAUGACCUCUGGGGUAGGUGAGUUAUUGCUUCAAAAAGCCAUUGUUUCCUUUCAAAUAAAUAAGAAUGGCGGCUCAGACAGCAUUCUGCUUUCCUUGUGGAACGGAUUCUUUGUUUAAAAAUAAGCGAAAA